CCACCACUGUAAUCAUCAAACGACCCGCGCCAGAACGAUCCCCAGAUUGCAGGUUGCAGAGCCUGGUUUGCAGCUCCGAAAUGGUCAUAUUCCCACAGUGGGAACAUGACUCAUCCACGAAAGGCCACCUCAGCGUGCUCGACACCCAGACACGUUUGGCAGCGAUUAUGACCAUCACCCGUUGGCAGGUAACAACAGCACCCAGAAACACACGGGUGAAAUGGCAUCCUUAUAAGGCCGAUCCGUCGUCUUUACAAAGAUGCACCCGUGAAGCUCUUUUAAAUUUUCUCUUUAAGGAAUGCUCUUUUAGUGCUGAGGCGCACAGGGGAAUUGGUUGCUUGCAACACGACAGGGGGUAUUUUACAUUUUACAAUUAUAAAUAUUACAUUUUAAAAUGCUAAAGGUUUAUUUGGUUCUUUUUUUCUGCCGUAGUAGCUGUAACAACACCUACAACAGUUCUUCAAAUGUCAUUGAGAAUAAAAGAAGAUUUUGAUACCAGUCUCAGCAACAACAAAGAUGAGAAGUUCAUUCGCUAUGCCAGUAAAAUUGAAUCAGCAAUUGAAGAAAGUUACAGAAAAUUGGCAGUCUAUAUAACGGUUUCAGUAAAAGUCACUCGUUUUAGGCCUGGUAGCAUUAUAGCAGACUAUGAAUUUAACUCAACAACCAGCAGCCCCAACAGCCCUGAAUUUGCAGCAGCAAACAAACAAGUUGGAAACAUUCUCAUAACAGAAGGAUUCCCUGUAGAUCUGGAUGGUUUUGCUCAAAGUGAACAAAAGAACCUGUCCACUGCAGAAAAAUGGUAUCCUCAGCAAAAUAUGGAGCUAAAAUGCACACGCCCAGAUUAUGUUGAUGGUACAAUGAGAUGGACAGUAAAUGACCAAGAUCUUCCAUUAAGCACCAAUAAAUACAUAAUUUCAUCUGACAAUAGUACUCUCACUGUGAAGAGUGUCAGUAUGCUUGACAGAGGUCGAUACGCAUGUAUCAUAAACAGGACAAUACCUUACAUUCAGUGGCAAGAUGUAGUUAUUGAACCACUUCCAGAUAUCAUAGUGGGUCAAAAUAAAAGAAAGUUCCAAUGUGUAAACAAGAGUGUUUUACUUGAAUGCUGUGAAGAAAAAAACAGUGUGGAGUGGACCCCAAUAUCUUCUGGGGAUGUUGUGGUACCUACAGAGGAUGGAUGCAUCACAUUAAAUCAUAUAAUCAAACAAGGAGAAUGUGGGAGUGACACCUUUGUUUGUCGACUCAAGAACCAGGCACUUCAAAGUUUCAGCUAUGGUAGUUCAAAUGUUACAGUUAUCAAAGUAAACGAAGAGUUCAGCUGUAAAAAUGAAAAACUUGGAGAUGGAAAGGAAGGUGAAACUUUGAUAGGUCCCUGCGAAAGAGACAAGCAAGGCACCAUAAAAUAUAAAUGUAUAACAGGUGAAUGGAAGCCUGAGGAGACCAACUGUAUUCUUAAAGUUAUCAUCAACCUUGCAAAUAAAGUUCAGGUUUUGUUGGUGGAGGACAUACCAGAGUUUGUCACUGAGCUUAGUAAUGUAACAGAGAAGAAUGAGAAUGAAAUAACACAGUCUCCUGUCACUGUCCUAACAAUCGUUGAAAUUCUUUUAAAAGUAGCUAAUAUUUCACAAAACAUUCUCAUUAAUCAGCGUGUGAUGGAGGGUUUUCUUAACACAGUGAAUAUCCUUGUUUCGGAACUGGCCUUUAAUUCAUGGGAAAAACUGAACAAUGACAGCAGGACUGAUAACACCAGCACUGCACUUCUAAGGGCUAUUGAGAACAUAGCAGCCCGUCUCACAAAUGUCAGUUUUUUGAUUAAUAAAACAUCUAUUGAGUUGAACAGAACUGUAACAACCAGCACCUCAUAUAGUGGAAUAUCAAACCUGCCAAACUCAACUACCGAGAUUGAGAUUCCACAGAUUCCUUUAUCCACCCCUAUAACCAUCAUAGUCUUCACAACUCUUGAUGAAAUCCUACCUUCCCGUAAUACUACUACCAGUAGAAGUAAUAACACUAGCAAAUCAGAUGUCCGCAUCAAUGGAGAUGUGGUUGUAGUUAAGAUUGACAUCAUAACAAUUAACAACAUAUCUUUUGCGUUUGACAUUAAUGAUCCGUCUUUGGGAAAUCCUCAGUGUGUCUUUUGGAACUUCAAUCUUGACGCAUGGGAUUCCACUGGAUGUGAAGUAAAGCCCUAUAUAAGUAAAGGGAAUGAAACUGGCAAGAUUAAAUGUGAAUGCAACCACACAACCUCUUUUUCAAUCUUAAUGUCACCAUUUUCCAUUAAGAACAUACCCUUAGCCUAUAUAACUUACAUUGGUGUAGCUAUUUCGAUGGCCAGCUUGAUUUUGUGCCUCAUUAUCGAGAUUAUCGUGUGGAAGUCAAUGACAAGAAAUGACACAUCCUACAUGCGGCAUGUCUCCAUAGUCAACAUUGCCGUGUCCCUUCUGAUUGCAAACAUCUGUUUUAUCAUUGGAGCUGCGAUCGCAGAACAGCCAACCUCAGUGGGUCGCUGCAGUCCAGUGGUUUUCUUCAUGCACUUUUUUUACUUGGCUCUUUUCUUCUGGAUGUUAAUGUCAGCGCUGUUGCUCUUUUAUCGUACAGUUAUGGUCUUGUCUCAAAUGUCAAGGGCCAAAAUGAUGGUCAUUGCCUUCAUAGCCGGUUAUGGUGCACCUUUGCUCAUAGCGGUUAUUACUGUAGCAUCAACAGCUGGACCUCAAAAUUAUAUUUCCAAACAAAAUGCAUGCUGGCUGAACUGGUACGAAUCAAAGGCCCUGCUGGCAUUUGUGAUUCCAGCUCUCACUAUUGUAGCCAUAAACCUUGUGGUUUUGAUUGUGGUUCUGUACAAGAUGUUGAGCAGAGGAGUUGGUGGCACAACUCAACCAGAUGAGAAACAUGCCCUGGUGGUCAUUGCCAGGUGUGUGGCCUUUUUGACUCCUAUCUUUGGUCUAACAUGGGGAUUUGGCAUUGGAACCAUGGUGUCACAAGAUUUAGGCAUUCAUGUGGUGUUUGCACUCCUCAAUUCACUGCAGGUACUACUUUCUUUACUUACAACAAAUUAUUAUAUUCUAUAAUUCUAACAAUCCAUUAUGAAACCUCACAA